AUGACGGAACAACUCAUUCUCAAGGGCACCCUUGAGGGUCACAGCGGAUGGGUUACCUCCCUCGCGACCUCUCUUGAAAACCCCAACAUGCUCCUGUCAGGUUCCCGCGACAAGACUCUCAUCAUCUGGAACUUGACCCGCGACGAGACUGCCUACGGUUACCCAAAGCGAUCUCUGCACGGUCACUCUCACAUUGUCUCUGACUGUGUCAUCUCCUCUGACGGUGCAUACGCCCUCUCUGCUUCCUGGGACAAGACUCUCCGUCUCUGGGAGCUUGCUACCGGUACCACCACCCGUCGAUUCGUUGGCCACACCAACGAUGUCCUCUCCGUUUCCUUCUCGGCCGACAACAGACAAAUCGUUUCUGGAUCUCGCGACCGAACCAUCAAGCUGUGGAACACUCUCGGAGACUGCAAGUUCACCAUCACUGAGAAGGGACACAGCGACUGGGUCUCUUGCGUUCGAUUCAGCCCGAACCCCCAGAACCCUGUCAUUGUCAGCUCCGGUUGGGACAAGCUUGUGAAGGUCUGGGAGCUCUCCUCCUGCCGACUGCAAACCGACCACAUCGGACACAGUGGCUACAUUAACACCGUCACCAUCUCUCCCGAUGGAUCCCUCUGCGCUUCCGGUGGAAAGGACGGAACUACCAUGCUCUGGGACUUGAACGAGUCAAAGCACCUCUACUCCUUGAACGCUGGUGAUGAGAUCCACGCCCUCGUUUUCUCUCCCAACCGUUACUGGCUCUGCGCUGCCACUUCCAGCAGCAUCAUUAUCUUUGAUUUGGAGAAGAAGAGCAAGGUCGAUGAGCUGAAGCCUGAAUUCCAGGCUGUCGGCAAGAAGAGCAGAGAGCCAGAGUGUGUUAGCUUGGCAUGGAGUGCGGAUGGUCAGACCUUGUUUGCUGGGUACACUGACAACAUCAUUCGGGCUUGGGGUGUUAUGUCGAGAGCGUAG